AUGAGGGUUCUUCAAUUUGAACAUGAAGGAAAGGAGAUCAAAAUCCCGCUACAGUAUGAAAGGCUGCCGGAGUUUUGCUACCAUUGUGGGAUUAUUGGUCACACUGAAAGCGGUCGUCCGACAAGGCCACCUGUUGCCGGAAGUUCUGCUCUGCCGCCACAGUAUGGUAGUUGGCUUAAGGCAACAGAUCACUGGAAUCCGUUUGUCUCACGACGUCCAGCACAUGAACCAGGCCCUUCCCUCGUUCCUGAAGAUUCGGAUGAAGAAACUGUUCCAUACCAUGACCGCCAAAGCCACUAUGUCGCCACAACAAGAAGAAACCGCAUUCCAUUAUCCCACGUUCCAUCAACAUCCAAUCCUAACCCUAAUUCCACCAACUCCCCUCCUGCUUCUUCGCCACUUCCAUGUGUCAAUCUUUCCUCCGAAAUGCCACCUUUAGCCUCUUUCCCGCCUCUUCCACAUACUAUUUCCCGCACUGUUAUGCCACCUUCACCCUCUUAUCCCACCACAACACCAUGUCCAUCAACCCCUCUGUCUCCGCCAUCUAAAGGACAGUGUUCAUCAUCACCUGAUUAUGCCAAUGCUUCUUGUCCAGUUUUCAAUGAUCCCCUUAACUCUCACAAUGCGGUGGGUGCUCUGAAUUCUCCAGGCAACCCUCCAAACAUUGCUGCCAUCACACAUACUUCUCCAAAGAUCGGAAACCUCUCAUCACAAUCUCACAGUUUGCUCAAUAACUCAACUCACUCCUCCAAACUCCGUAUUUUACCAGCGUCACUGUCAAAAGAUUCUCCAUCAUCCUUGUCUCUGUCUUCCUCAAUCCAAGACCAUCAGAAUGUCCCACAUUCCACAAUUCCACCUCCCUUCAGUCCUAAUUUGACGAUGGUUCCAAUGACCCUUGAUUCCACGAUUCCACCUCCUCAGUCCUUGGAAGGCAGCCCACCGGUUGCAAACAGCGCGCCGUCUUCAAACAGCGUGCUUUCUUCAAACAGCAAGCUGUCAAACAACAAGCUGUCUUAA